AACCGCACCGAGCCGAGCCGCAUGCUACCACGCCGACUCGCCCCCCUCCCCAACUCGCGCCUCCUCUUCCGCUUCCUAAACCCUAGCCUAGCCAUGUCUCCGGCUGACGCCGCCGCCGCCGCCGCCCACCUGACCACGGCCUCCGACCCCGACGAGGACAUAUGCUCCAGCCCUGCUGCCGCCUCUGCGCCCGAGGAGAUAGCGCCGCCCGUGCCCGUGCCCACGCCCCUGCCCCCUCCGCCGGCGUCCGCGGAGGAGCGGGUGGAGCGCGCGUGGGCGCACUGGAGGCGGCUGGGGUCUCCGAGGCUGGUGGUGGCGCCCAUGGUGGACAACUCGGAGUUGCCCUUCCGCAUGCUGUGCCGCCGCUACGGCGCCGAUGCCGCCUACACGCCCAUGCUCCACUCCCGCAUCUUCUCCGAGAACGAGAAGCACAGGGACAUGGAGUUUACUACCUGCAAGGAAGACCGCCCACUUUUUGUCCAGUUUUGUGCAAACGAUCCUGACAUUUUGUUACAAGCUGCAAAGAUGGUGGAAGCUAACUGCGACUAUGUUGAUUUGAAUUUCGGAUGUCCACAGCGCAUUGCUAAACGGGGAUACUAUGGGGCAUUUCUCAUGGAUAACCUUCCACUCGUAAAAUCUCUUGUGCAAAAUCUGGCAGGAAACCUUCGUGUUCCAGUCUCUUGCAAGAUUCGCAUAUUUCCGCGACUGGAGGACACACUAGCGUAUGCAAAGAUGCUUGAAGAAGCUGGUGCUGCUCUUGUAGCUGUGCAUGGGCGUACAAGAGAUGAAAAAGAUGGGAAGAAAUUUCGAGCUGAUUGGGAUGCCAUCAAAGCUGUGAAAGAUGCCCUGAGAAUACCUGUACUUGCAAAUGGAAACAUUCGCCAUAUGGAGGAUGUGAAGAGCUGUUUGCAACACACUGGAGCUGAUGGCGUACUUUCAGCUGAACCUCUUUUGGAGAAUCCAGCUUUAUUUGCUGGUUUCCGCACAAAGGAGUGGAAAGAAGAUGGCAAUGAAGACGGAGAUGGUGGUUUAGACCCGGCUGAUCUGGCCAUUGAGUAUUUGAAACUGUGCGAGCAAUACCCAGUGCCAUGGAGAAUGAUUCGGUCCCAUCUGCACAAGUUGCUGGGAUGCUGUUUUAGAGUUCAUCCACAAGUGAGGGAGGAAUUCAAUGCACAGACCAAGCUCACAUUUGAGUGGUUGCAUGAUAUGGUAAAGAGGCUGAAAGAACUGGGCGGUGGAAUUCCACUUUACAGAGACCAGACCUCUUUACAGUCACAUACCAUUACAAACGGGCUAGCUGCAAGCAAUGCGUGAUGAUGCCCAUCAAUUUUACCAUCUACAGCUUACUGUUUUUAUGGAGAGAAACUAAAGAUGAACCUGAAGGCACCAGAUAUCUGAUAUCAGUAUAGAUUGUAUCACCAUUUUUGUUGGAACACACUUUGUGGGAGGCACCAUGAGUCAUGGUUCUGUAAAAGAUAACUACUAGAGCCAAAAAUGAUUUUGUGUGAAGAUAUGCCAGUGGCUGUCACAUUGA